UGUCCCCGCUCUUUGCUCCUCACCACCAUUAUGUCCUCGUCGGCCGCCCGACCUCUCCACCCAUGGGCGAACUCAAACUCCCGCAUCGAAGUAAUGCACUCGAGUAUCGACGUCGAGGAGGAGAGCAGGAUCUACGAUGACAUGGUCUUUGACGUCUCUCCAAUUGAGCCCCGCCCCGAAAACAGACCCUACUCCCCACCGACAGCACCGAGUGUGUUCAGCAACGACAUCUGGCUAGACGACAAUUCUGGCGCCGAGGGCAGUAUAUUCGCGCGCCAGGUGAGCAUCGCUGGGUGGACAAGUGUGGGUGACUCACUGGGUGGGGCAUACGUCGUGUACGACUGCAGCAUCAAGACGAAGGACGGGACUCUGAUCCAUGCACAUAAACGGUACAGCGACUUUGUUGCGCUGGAAACGCAACUUCUCCGGACGUUACCGGUGGGUUUCGGGGCUAUAUCCAACUUCGUAGUCUCAAGCUUCACGACACAGCCCAAUUCCCGCGCUCACCUCCCCGCUCUCCCGCCCAAGUCACCAUUUUCGCGGUACCGCGCAGCUUUUCUCGCACGACGGCGGAGGGCGCUCGAAGCGUGGCUAUGCAGUGUGCUUUUGCAUCCAGACAUUGGCGGAUCUCUAGCGGUGAGAAAGUGGGUCGUUGGGGUCUUCUGAUGUGGACUGUGGCUGUACUCCGAUAAUGUAAACAUCAUGCUCGUGUUGAAGUCUAAUCGUGUUUUGUAUGCUUCCCCUGCAAAUUUAAUGAGAUCGGCUUAGGUCACUUUCAAGCUCGCUUACAUUCG